AUGGGAAAUUGCAUGUCGUCCAAGGCCGUGGUGGUCGAGGAGGUCAACCCGGCUCCUCAUCCCGAAGCAAGGCGAGUCUGGCUCGUCUCGACCCCCGUCGAUGCCAAGGAUGUACCUCUCGACCUCGUCGGCAUCGAUGCAGAUGGUCUCAAAGCAGCCAUGCGCAAUCGCGGUCUGGAAACGGAACACUGGGCUCUCAAGGUCGAUCCGCAAACGGGCGUCAAGGCCGAACCCAGCAUCAUCGACAUCACAGUCGAGGGCGGCAAACUCGUCUCGCAUAUACACCCCACCUCCAGCCCGUACUGGAAGGGCAUCACCCGUCGUGUCGCCAUCGGAUGGACUCUCUGGAAAGACGACGAAAUCUUGGAAGCCAGCAAGCUUCUCAUCCACGCAAGACCCAAAUACGAUGGCCGCGCCAACAACUCGCAGCAGCUCGCGCGUCUCUUGGGUCGUCACAUUGACUUUGUGCCCCCGCAAUCGCAGCAGAUGGAGACGCAGACCACCAACACUACCAGCGAGACCUUGGCAGGCAGCGCCGCCAGUCCAGCUGCUAGCAUGCGCAAGACCGACUCGGCAGGUCAAGAGACCCAGUCUCAGAUGACGCUGGUCUCUGCUGCCACACUCAGUCAGCGCAGUCAAUCCAUCGAGGAGUCGGAUGCCGUCAACGAGAUGGGCGUCAUGACCAAGGGCAAUACCGAGAACAAUGUAUCACGCGUUCCAGCUAGUAUCCGCCAGAGUCAGAGGAUGAGCGUUGCUCGUCCUCCGCUCAUCCACUUGUCCACCGCUCCAUCGGCGUCUGGGUCUGAAGUCGGCACCAUGGUGCGACCGAUCCUCAAUCGAUCGGCAGAGACCGACUCGUUCCCAUCGCCAACAGGCUCGGUGCGCAUGUCGCUUCCACCACAAGCGAAGCAGCCGCAGUCGCCCUCGUCUCCGCUCAAUCCUGGCAAUCGCAUGCAACGUCAGUCCAUGUCGGAGAUCCGUACGGCAGGGCGGGCGCGCACGAACUCUGAUGCCACCGCUGCGUAUGCUACGAUGAGCGCAGCCGAUCGUCGCACUAGCACCCUGCUCGACGGUACCGCUCGUUCAUCGCGACCUUCUCGCAGACGCAGCGAGGCCCCUGCCGAGUGGCUUGCGGAACUGCCGAGUGCUAAUGACGCACGCUUCAACUCGGUCAAGUCGCGAUCGGGUCAAACCCGAAACACGCAUCGUGAUUCGAUCAUGAGUUCAGGUGGCGGCAUGAUGACUUCGCCCUCGAUGGGCACCUGGGGUCAUGGCUCGGGCUUCCCUGCUUCACCCUCGAUGGUGGGGCUGCCAGGCAUGCCCGGCAUGCCUGUGAUGCCAGGAAUGCCCAUGACAGGUUUUGGCACACCUCCGCAAAUGUCACCCGUCAUGCCUCCGAUGGGUCUCCCGAUGUGGCCACCUACAAGCCAGUCGAUGAUGUUCAACCCUGCGGCUGGAGCACUCCAAGUGCCCAUGCCCUACUUUGCACCCCAAAUGGGCAUGCCCUUCCUGCCAUCGAUGCCGAUGUUGGCCCCUCCUUCGCCUGGGUUCUACUCGCACACAUCGAGCGCAGUCCCUACGCCACCAGAAAGCCCGCAUCUCUCCUCAACACACCCGCCCAAAGGGUACGUGCCCGAGAUGCAGUUUGAUAACGCCCAGCCCAGCUCUACGCGGGCUUGA